ACAACAGACGCUGCGGCUUAAAUCCCCCACUCAGCCCCGUUCUACAUCACCUAUAACAGGCUGAGGCUGGACACUGACUGACGAGCAUUUGCUCGGGUGUGUGUCCGUGUGUGCGUGCUGGCACUUUGACACCUAAACGCACUGUGCGCGCGCCCCCUGCCGUGCUUUGCCUCUCACCGCCUCUGUGGCCAAAAGAAAAGGUUUAACGGACCGUAUGCAGACAGGCAGGCAGGCAGCGACGAACCCGGCUCAUUAAAAUCUCAUCUGCAGACCCUCUGCCGGUCGCGCGCAUUACUACUACACCUACUCCCUGUGCUGCUGGUGCCGCCGACGGACCCCAAAGAGCAGAGUGAUACGCGCGCGCUAAAGGUGUGGAGGAAAGGGCACCCGCUCGGUACAAUGGAACCGAAUCCAAGCCGUUAAACGGCUCAGACACACACAUACACAACAGCUGUGAGAGAAGCCAAACGUUGGGGAGUGUGACAGCGACAUGGCGAAAAUUAGCAAGAUCUGAACUUUGCAGGAUACGCUGCGAGGAUUAUCGUACAGCCACACCAUCUGAGCGGCACGGCGGGGAACGGGAUCACAGUUUGCAUCCGUGUGUCAUAGGGAUCGUCUACGGUAUGGCGCGCCGUGACAGUCGUUUGGGGACCUGGCAGGUGCUGCUGACCAUCUCAAUGGUCAUCAUUCCCCUGUCUGCUCACGGGAGGCAUUCACUGACCAGGCGCCACCAUCACCACAACCAAUCAUCUGUCAGUAAGGAGGCCUUGAAUGCCGGGAUGGUGCUCAGUGAUGACUCAGCAGAGAGAGAGCACCUGAUUGGAGCAGGACUCGGGCUCGGGGCUAAACUCCCGCUCAGCUCUAAACACCACCAUUCUCAUAAACAUGCCCACCUUGACUUCGUAGAGGAGGAUCCACCUGUGGGGGAGGAGCUCACUGCUGGAGGGGCGGGUCCAGACCAGCCCGGAAACCCCUUAUCUGAAGACGUCAUCACCGUGGAGUUUCACAGCCCUGCGCCAGAUAUUGUGCCCUCUGAUGAUUGGCCCAAAGCCCUAAAACCCCAGAAGCAAAAAGGGGGACCCCCAACUCCAUGGACACUUUCUGACUUUUACGACUACCUGUCCCCUGACGACGACCUCUCUGCAUUAGAUGUGAUCGCAGUACCUGAGCCCACCCCUUCACCCCCUGCCGACAUGGAGGAUGAGAAUCCACUGCUGGUUGGUUCUCCUGCUGUUCCUGACAAUGUCAAUCCUAAUGUGGAAAGCGGGCCCUCCUCAUUCGCCACUCCCAUGCCAGGACUGGAGAAGGGUGAUGGGUUAGGCUUAGGAGGUGCCAUAGGAGCUGAUGGCUGUAGACUGGGCUUUGUGCGCUCUGGACCUGGGGUUUGUGUGUCUCAGUGUGAUAUUGAACCCAAUUUCUGCUUUAACGGAGGAGUGUGCACCGUGGUGGCAGGAAUGGGAGCCUUCUGCAGGUGCAACAUGCAGGACUACAUUUGGAACAAAGGCACGCGGUGUGAUUGGGCGGUGACAGAGUUCCAGGUGCUGUGUGUGGUGGUGGGCGUGGCCUCCCUGGUGCUCAUCCUCCUCUUCAUGAUCAUCGUUUUCUUUGCCAAGAGGCUGCACCACCUCAAGAACGAGAACAAGCGCCUUCGCAAACGCAGUAAGUACCGCCCACAGAGCACCGAGCCACAGACGGACGGCCUCUCAGUUUCCACAACAGCCGAUGGCUCGCAGCCAAACGUAAGGAAACUGUGUGACACCCCACCGCCCGCUCCCCAAGCUCACACUCACAACCUGGCGUACUAUGACAACAUUAUCUGUCAGGAUGACCCUCAGAAGCAGGAGGACCCGGCAAAGUCCCCACAACCCAAGGAAGAGGGGUCAAUGAACAUCCUCAACUCUCAUUCCCCGAAACACGAGAACAACCGUCCAACCUCCGUCGUCCACGACCAAGGCCACACCCCGAACAACACAGAGGAGAACGCUGAGGAUGGAGUCACUAUUGGCCUGGAAGUGCUCCUCCCCAAAGACGUCAAGCUACACCCAGAGACCAGCCCACCUCUUCAGUAUGACGUCUUCCUCUACAAGGUUGGCAACAAUGGAGACUCUGCCUGUCCCAGCAAAGUUCUUCCCACUCACAGCACCAAUUCUUACUCCUCUUCUCAUCCCAUGCCCAAAUCACCCAAAACACCCAAAACACAGAAGUUGCCCAUGGAACCUAAAUCACCAAAACACACCAGGGAACACCCACCCAGUAACCGUGAACCCUUGUCUGGAAGGCACUCCUCACCUGGCCGUCACCCCUCACCUGGUCGCCACCCAUCACCCAGUUGUCACUCUGCACCUGGGUGCUAUUCUUCCCCCACCUGCCAUCCAUCCUCCCACCACUCUCCCUCCCAGUACAAACGCAUGCCUACCUCCUCCUUAACCCCGCCUCAGCUGCGCAGGCCCAGAGGUCGGUUGCAAGCAUCUGUCUCAGAGUGUUCGGGGACUGGCAGAGUGUACCAUGGCGGACACAUUCGUCCAUCCCCCUCCUCGCCUCACCUCACCCAGCCACCUCCAUCACCAUCUAGGAUGAAGUACAGCCCGGUCAGCACCCGAUCGCUGCCACCUCUCUCCUGACCAGGCCUCCAUCCAACCUGGCAACCAUCCACACAAACGCACAAACAUCUGUCAUAAUCUAAUCUAUCCAGAAAUGUAUCCAUCAUGGCUCUAACUCUUUUCUUAGCGAGUUAUAGAUCAUUUAUCUGUCAUCCAUCUUUGCAUCCUGCCUUGGCACAUUCAUACCCAGAGGAAGAGCACACCACCUGGUUUUGAUCCAUGGAGCCAGAAAACUAGAACUGGAACAUACACCACACCAAAAUGCAUACAUAAAAUACUGCGUAGUCACUGCAGCUGAACAUCAGAUCUCAGUGUAAAUAACAACCUCUCAAAGCUCAGGUUACUGCUCAUACAAGCACAAAAUGAACCACCACAUGUGAACACACUCUCCUUGUAUGGUGCCAACGUCAGCGUCUGCUGAGGAUAUAGUUUGUAAAGGUUUCAUAGAGGUUUACAUCAUUAGCCUUAGUGUUAUCAGUGGUUUAUAUAAAUUUUUUGAUAUUCAGUGUAUAAGGUUAUUUCAUGUUUUCACAGGCUCUUUUUGGUAUGUUUUUCAUUUUCUAAUCCUCAAUAAAUAGA